CCCCACCCACCACCACUCAUACCCUAUUACCCUUCUCACACCCUACGCCUUCGUCUCACCAUGAUCGCUCGUUCUGCUGGCUUCGCAGCCGCUAACAUCGCACGCAACGCCGCACUCCCUACGGCCCGUCGCGCUGCACCAGCCUUUGCAUCUGCUGCCCGAUCGUACGCUACCGCCAAGCCUGCCGCCUCCGAGGUCAGCUCCAUCCUUGAGCAGCGAAUUUCCGGCUCCGGUGCCAGUGGUGAUGUCCAGGAGACUGGUCGUGUCCUGACCAUCGGUGACGGUAUCGCUCGUGUCUACGGUCUCCGCAAUGUCCAGGCCGAGGAGAUGGUUGAGUUCGCCUCUGGUGUCCAGGGAAUGUGCUUGAACUUGGAGGCCGACAACGUCGGUGUGUCCAUCUUCGGAUCUGACCGAUCGAUCCGUGAAGGUGACACAGUCAAGCGUACCGGAAACAUCGUCGACGUGCCCGUUGGACCCGACAUGCUCGGUCGUGUCGUUGACGCCCUCGGAAACCCCAUUGACGGCAAGGGACCCAUCAAGGCUGCCGAGCGUCGCCGUGCUUCCCUCAAGGCCCCCGGUAUUCUGCCCCGUCAGUCCGUCAACCAGCCCAUGCAGACCGGUCUCAAGCCCAUCGACGCCAUGGUGCCCGUUGGCCGAGGCCAGCGUGAGCUGAUCAUUGGUGACCGACAGACUGGAAAGACUGCCGUCGCCCUCGACACCAUCCUCAACCAGAAGCGAUGGAACGAUGGCAACGACGAGAAGAAGAAGCUCUACUGUGUCUACGUCGCCGUCGGUCAGAAGCGAUCUACCGUCGCCCAGCUCGUGCAAACCCUCGAGCAGAACGACGCCAUGAAGUACACCGUCGUCGUUGCCGCCACUGCCUCCGAGGCCGCCCCUCUGCAGUACCUGGCCCCCUUCUCCGGUACCGCCAUCGGAGAGUGGUUCCGUGACAACGGCAAGCACGCCCUCAUCAUCUUCGACGACUUGUCCAAGCAGGCCGUUGCCUACCGUCAGAUGUCUCUGCUCCUCCGACGACCCCCAGGACGUGAGGCUUACCCCGGAGACGUCUUCUACCUGCACUCUCGUCUCCUCGAGCGUGCCGCCAGGAUGAACGACAAGCUCGGUGGUGGUUCCCUCACCGCCCUCCCCGUCAUUGAGACUCAGGGAGGUGAUGUGUCAGCCUUCAUUCCCACCAACGUCAUUUCCAUCACCGACGGACAGAUCUUCCUGGAGUCCGACCUCUUCUUCAAGGGUGUCCGACCCGCCGUCAACGUCGGUCUCUCCGUGUCUCGUGUCGGAUCUGCCGCUCAGUCCAAGGCCUACAAGUCCGUCGCCGGUUCCCUGAAGCUCUACCUGGCUCAGUACCGUGAGCUGGCUGCUUUCGCUCAAUUUGGUUCGGAUUUGGACGCUUCUACCCGUGCUACCCUGGACAGGGGUGCCCGUCUUACUGAGCUGCUGAAGCAGGGCCAGUACAAGCCCAUGGCCACCGAGAUGCAGAUUCCUCUCAUUUACGCCGGUAUCAAUGGUCUUCUCGACAGCGUACCUGUGGCCAAGGUGCAGGCAUGGGAGGAAGCCUUCAAGAGCCACCUGACGUCUGAGUCUGAGGGCAACGGCAUCAUGGAGGAGCUGGGCAAGGGAGCCAUGCCCAAGAGCCUCGAGGAGAGGAUCACCAAGUUUGUGAAGGAGUUCACCGAAGGCUGGUUGCAGAAGUAAGCAGUACCUGUAGAGCUAUAGGUCCAUUGCGUCGGUGAAAGCUGCCCAAGGCUUUAGACCCGCAUUAGUCUUCAUCUCUCUCUUGUCUUGCGCACUCUCUAUCUCUCUCUCUU